AUGAUUGGAUGCUUCUUCAAAAUUAUCUGUUCGAUCUUCUCUAAUAUUAUAAACGGAGAAUUCCUUCGGCUUGAUGGUUUUCAACCAGUAACCGUCAAAGUAAGAAAACAGCUUUUCGAAAUAAUUUCCAAAGUCACGAGUAACUGUUUCUUUAUAGUAGCUAAGAUAAUAAAAGGAUAUACAUCACUAUCUGACCUGGACAUAAUGAAAGUAGCAAUGGGUGGGUUUAAUGCCAGGGAAUGCUGCUUCCACGGCGUUAUGCAUCCCUAUUUCAAAAUCAGACAUGUACACUGUUGGCUUGAAUCUUCUGCAACUUUGUUUCAUAAAUUCGAAAACUUUCGAAUAGCAUUCCUCGCCCUUAUGGCUCAUGAUUGCUCUGAAAAUCGGUACUGCCUGAAAAUAAAUCGAGAAAUAAAGAAGAAGAAGCAUCAAAAACAGAGAAGAGAGACGCAAGCUACGCAGAGGAUACGUGAAGGCCAGCAACAAAAGAACGCGUCAUCAACAGGGCUCCGAGAAAUAGGAAGGUCGGCCAAUCAUUUAGAAAAGGGCACAAGAACGUUAGAAGACAUUUUUGGGAACGGUGUCCGGGACAGCGAACCAGAAGAAGAAUUAUCAAGAAAAACAGCGGUGAUCAUGGAAACAGAAGAAGGCCGGCUGAAGCGCAUCAUAUCGCUUAUGAGACACAUUCCGGUAUUUUCAGGAGAGGGCGAUGUUGAACCAUUUAUCGAUGCUAUUGAAUACUGCACUCCGAAGUUAAAAGCCGAGGAUGAAGGAACCUUCAUUUUUGAAUUAGUGUCCAGACUUUCAGGCGUCGCGGUUGGCAGUAGGAGAACAGUCAUGAAAACAGCAGAAACAAUUAAAGGGGUCAUAGAAAAGUUGCGACAAAAUUCUGGGCAUACCGAAGACUUCUCCGCAAUAUUAAAUCGGCUAACAAAAAUACUGCAGGAAGAGAAUGAGAGCACAGCAAAAUUCGGGGCACGAUUAGAACGUAUGAGAAGCCAAGCAGCCAACAAAAUUGACAGGUGUAGAUCAAGAGAGGACAUAGUUCGCCGCAGAGAAAGAGAGCACGCUAGAAUCAGGUUGGCAUCAUACGGGGAAGAGUUACAGGUCGAAGAGUCAAUAAAGAAGCCCAACAAGGAGACAAUCGGAGAAGAACCACUAGUAUUCACCGUUACGAAUGAUGCAGCCAAUAUUGACCAAGGUGGCCCAAAAUGCUAUAGAUGCGGAGAGUUCAAAACGAAAGACGACAGCAGGUACAGCGAGGAUCAUACAACCCUCGAGGACAGCUGUAUAGAAAAAAUAGCCGCGAUAACGCUAGUAAUUGCGGCAAUAGAAGAUCAUAUGGUAAUAAUUACUACGUCAAUAAUGAUCAAGUCGGUCGAGGAUAUCAAGCUAUACAUAAGGGUCAGCAAUGAGAUCUGA